AAAAUGAAGACCGUAAAACACAAACAAAAAUUAAAAUUAAAAUUUUAAAUGUGGGCUGAAAUUUGGACCGAUUCAUAGGUAUCUUCCCAAAACUCUCAAUGUUCUGGUCUGCGAGGAUGACGAUGAGGCUCUUGAGGACGAGGAGUUCGAGGAGCCUGCUCAGGAAGUUGAGCUGCAACUCUUUGAAUUAUCGUUGAAUGGUCUGGACACGUCAAAAACUAUGAAGCUAUUUGGAGAAAUUGGUUCGCAUAGAAUCAAAGUCAUGGUGGAUAGUGGCGCUAGCCACUGUUUUGUUUCAGAGCAAUUGGCACAACAGCUCCAGUUACCGAUCACGCAUACUAAGCCUUAUUCAGUAAUAUUGGGAGAUGGAACGUCACGUCGUGCAGCGGGGCUCUGCCAGAAGGUGCCUUUGGUUUUGGAGAAGGAGAGCUUUGCGGUGUCAUGCUAUGUAUUUCCUCUCCGCAACAUCUACGUGAUACAGGGGGUAUCAUGGCUCGAGAUCCUCGGGUAUGUCUUGGCCAAUUGGCAGCAUUCCUCUAUGGAUUUCUCGGUCGAUGGUCGUCCUGUCUCAAUCAAAGGCGACCUGACCCUCAUGAGGCGCGUGCGCUCAACACAAGACCUGCUCUCCCUGAAAGAAGGGGACUGCUGUUGGUUCCUUCGAUCGGUGGAAAAUGAGUCAGCUCUGGUUUCUUUUGGCAUCGGCACGGACCCAUCGCAAGCAGCACAGUCCCAGCUGCUACAACUUGUGGCUGAUUUCCCAUCUGUUACAGAAUCAGCCGGGGUCUUCCUCUGAGUCGCAGCGUUGACCAUCAAAUUCCGCUCCUGCCAGGUACAGAACCUGUCUCAGUUCGCCCUUACCGCUAUAACCACUUACAGAAGGACGAGAUGGAGAAGCUAGUAGCAGAAAUGGUGUCUUCCAGGGUGAUUCAUCCAAGUACCAGCCCCUACUCCAGCCCGGUCCUGCUCGUCCGGAAGAAAGGCGGUUCGUGGCGUUUCUGCGUCGAGUACAAGGAAUUGAACAAUCGGACAGUCCUUGAUAAAUACCGCAUUCCGGUCAUUCAGGAGCUUCUCGACGAAUUACAUGGCGCUAGAUGGUUCAGCAAGAUUGAUUUCAAGGCAGGAUACCACCAAAUUCGUGUGGCUUCCAGGGACAUUCACAAGACCGCGUUUCACACGCACUCAGGUCAUUAUGAGUUUUUGGUAAUGCCGUUCGGCCUCACCAACGCCCCGGCCACGUUUCAGGGUUUGAUGAAAGACAUCUUCCGGCCAGCCUUGCGAAAGUUCGUCCUGGUUUUCUUUGACGACAUCAUCAUUUAUAGCACCUCAUGGGAGGCACAUCUGCAGCAUCUACAACACGUUUUUCAGACCCUUCACGCCCAUUCCCUCGUGGUCAAUCCCAAGAAAUGUUUGCUGGGACACCAUAGUGUGGAGUAUCUUGGUCAUAUCGUGUCCUACGAGGGGGUGAAGAUGGACCCGGCGAAGAUCUCGACCAUUUUACGGUGGUCGACUCCCUCGAACUUGAAGAGUGUUAGGGGUUUCUUCGGCUUAACUGGAUACUACCGACAAUUCAUUCGUAAUUAUGGCAAGAUCGUAGCUCCCCUCACCGCCCUUCUAAAGAAGCCUCUAGCUCCAUCCGCCAAACGAGCGUGAACAUGGCAAAUCGACGCAGCAGCCGCGUUCGAAGCCCUUAAGGAGGCACCUCUUCUCCGUACGCCAGAUUUUUACCAAAGAAUUCGUCAUUGAAUGCAAUGCCUCGGGUUGAGGGCUAGGCGCGGUUCUAAUGCAGGAUGCCAACCGGUUGCCUACUUCAGCAAAACACUGUCUCCCUGAUGGCUCGCUAAGUCAGCCUACGAGAAAGAAUUAAUGGAUUUAGUUUUAGCAAUCCAUCAUUGGCGCCCUUACUUACUCGGCCACCGCUUUGUGGUCCACACGGAUCAACGGAGCCUGCGUCAACUUUUGGCCCACCCCUUGGCUACUCCGGCUCAGCAGAACUGGGCUGUGAAACUGUUAGGCUACGAUUUUACGAUCGUCUACAAGGAAGGCCGCCUCAAUAAAGCUGCCGACGCCCUCUCGCGUCGCGAUGAAACAACACUGGAGCUCUCGGCUGUGUCACGACCAACCUGGCUGGAAUGGUCCACCGUCCAGUCCACCAUUUCUGCCGACCCAGCUCUGGCUAAAAUCAAAACUCACUUGGAGGCAGGGCGUCCUUCAUCUCUCCACUAUGAGCUGAUUCAUGGGACUCUUUUCUACAAAGGUCGAAUCGUGGUGCCUCCACAAUCACCCUGGAUUCAGAAAUUGAUUGCCGAGUUUCACAUCACGCCAACCGGGGGCCACUCCGGUGCCUAUCGCACUUACCGCCGGCUCGCAUCGAACGUGUAUUGGCCUGGAAUGAUGCGGUAGGUCACUGCCUUUGUCGCGGCUUGCGCAAUCUGCCAGCAACACAAGUCCGAAACCAAGGCUCCGGCAGAUCUCUUGCAACCUUUGCCAAUACCGGAACGAGUUCGGGAGGAUAUUAGCAUGGAUUUCGUCUCCGGGUUACCUAAGGCAGGGGAGUUCGACUGCAUCUUCGUCGUCAUCGACCGUUUAUCCAAAUAUGCACACUUCAUUGGCUUGAGGCACCCAUUUUCGGCUCGACAAGUGGCUUAUACGUUCAAAAGUGAGAUUAUACGCCUCCAUGGCAUCCCUUGUUCCAUCGUGUCGGAUCAAGAUCCACUAUUUUUAAGCUCCUUCUGGAGAGAGCUCUUUCGCGCUAUGGGAACUAAGCUGAAAAUGAGCUCGGCGUACCACCCCGAAACAGAUGGCCAAACAGAGGUACUAAAUCGGUGCCUGCUGCAGACUUACCUUACCUCCGCUGUUUUUCGUCCAAUAGACCGAAGCAGUGGCACAAGUGGCUGUCUUGGGCUGAGUACUGCUAUAACAUGAGUUCCCAUUCGUCCGCUGGGAUGACGCCUUUCGAGGUAGUUUAAGGCCGACCGCCCCCGACCAUCCAUGAUUUCCUACCAGGUGAGAUCAGAGCCCAGGCAGUUGUUGACACGCUCAGGUCUCGCAACGACGCCCUGGAACUUCUGCGCCACCACCUUCAACGCGCUCAAAAUCGGAUGACGGUCGCCGCUAACAAGCGACGUCGCGAUAUUCACUUCAACAUCGGCGACAUGGUGUAUUUGAGGUUUUGCCCACACCGUCUGUCCACACUCUUUACGGUGCGAAAUAGGAAGCUUGCCCCUCGCUACUUCGGCCCAUUUCGGGUCAGUGCGCGCAUUGGCGGCUCUGCGAAUCGCUUAGAGCUUCCCGCCUCAGCUCGAAUUCACCCGGUUUUCCAGGUCUCCUUGUUGAAACGAGCCAUUGGGGAGGAGAGGGCUGAACCAACUUUGCUGGAGGGACUAAUCGAGCCCCCAAUCUUACCGGAGAGGGCUUAUUCAGUUGAUUGGGCCACUAUAAAGGAUGAUGGUGUCCUAUGUUUUGAAUUUAGUAGAGACUCCGAGAUGAUUGCAUCUGGAUCACAAGAUGGAAAAACAAAGCUGAUGGUUCUUGUAUCAUAUAUAACUGCAUGCACGGUGAAAGUAUGUAACCUUAUUAGUCACUGCUUUUUGUGGGAUUGCUCGCCUUCCUGUUUUAUGGGAUGUCAAGACUACAGAUUGUCUGCAGUUGUUUAAGCCACCUCCUCCGCUAGGGCUACUUGUGUUGUUACUAGUUUGAGCUUUAAAUUGAGCUUUAAAUUUUAUCGAAGCCAUGUCAUUGCAUACACGCAUCUGCACCUGAAAUUGACUUCUCUAAUCGGUUCAUGCAAGGAAAAUCAUGUCUAUUAGUGAAAUUAUUGUACAUGAAUAUUUUAAGACGUUUAGGGGCAUUUACUUUUGAGUGAUAUAUGAUAGAUUGAUAUAACAUCGGUUUUA